AUGCUGAGUGACGAACUCCCACGUCAACUACAAGCUGGAACAAGUCAGGACAUGUCGCUCAAGAUACAAAUACCAGUCAACCUUUUACUUUUUCUUGGAGGAUAUGCUCGCGAGUAUAAGAUGCAUUCUAAAACCAAAAAUAUAAUGCCGAAUAUGUAUCCAAGACAGAGUAGCCAGAACGCGCUGGAGAUGUCUGAAAAUCUGGCACUCUUCUCCUGUCGAACCAUCUCCAAUUCGGCUCUCAACUCCUCUGUGGUCUGCUCCUUCGACUCCAUCUCCAUUGCCAUGGUGGAAGCACCAUUUCCUGACCCCCCUGGGUCAGUUUCCAUAAGGAGCUCAGAUGAUAAAACUCCACGUGAAGAUUACUCCAAGAUCCAAGUAUUGAUCAACCCACAGUCAGCACGGCCCACUAUGAAUGUGGGCCUGACUGGCUCAGUUUUAAUGCAUGCCUUUUUCUGGAAGCUCUAUAAGGCAGUAUAA